GAAGUGAAAACCGCGUGACCAAAACGACGCCGUCUCAGUCCCCAAACACCGAAACGUCAUCGUCUUGUCCUGUCCCGUUAAAACUUGCUACUGUCCAAAACCAAUUUGCAGUCUCUUUGUUUUCAUUUCCUAUUCCGCUUGCGUUGCGUCGCGUCGCGUCUCGUCUCGUCGCGUCCAGAGAGAGAAAGAGAGAGGGAGGGAGAGAGAGAUUUCUCCGAUGAUUGUCUCUCUUGUUAGGAGUUUGAAUUGCGUACGACAUCGUUUCUUGCUCCGGCAGUGAUGGGUUUGUGAAAGUUUUCGCUAUCUGCCUGUGGGUUGUGAAGUGUAGUUGGUUCAGUUACAUGGGUGAUCUUAAGCUUCCCUAUCCGUUUCUGCCAAACGGCGUCGUAUCGUACCGUGGCGCUUCCCGCUCCACCUCCUCUUCUCCGCCAUUGCCGGCUUCGAUUGCCGGCGACUCUUGGGCCGCAGCGGAGAGGGCCACCCAGGAGAUUGUGGCCAAGAUGCAGCCCACUCUGGGCUCUAUGCGGGAGAGGCAGGAGGUUAUUGACUAUGUUCAGAGGCUUAUUGGGUGUUAUCUUGGAUGCGAGGUGUUCCCCUAUGGGUCUGUGCCUCUAAAGACCUAUCUUUUAGAUGGAGAUAUUGAUUUGACUGCCCUUUGCAGUUCAAACGUUGAGGAAGCUCUGGCUAGUGAUGUCCAUGCUGUUCUGAAGGGAGAAGAGCAGAAUGAAAAUGCUGAGUUUGAAGUGAAGGACAUCCAGUUUAUUACUGCUGAGGUUAAGCUUGUGAAAUGUCUUGUAAAAGAGAUUGUAAUAGAUAUCUCCUUCAAUCAGUUAGGAGGACUUUCUACACUGUGUUUUCUUGAGCAGGUUGACCGCCUUAUUGGCAAAGAUCAUCUUUUCAAACGCAGCAUUAUCCUGAUAAAAUCUUGGUGCUACUAUGAGAGUCGGAUCCUUGGUGCCCAUCAUGGUCUGAUUUCAACAUAUGCUCUGGAGAUUUUGGUUCUAUAUAUCUUCCAUCUAUUUCAUUCAUCAUUAGAUGGCCCUUUAGCGGUGCUUUAUAGAUUUUUGGAUUACUUCAGCAAAUUUGAUUGGGAUAAUUACUGUAUCGGUCUAAAUGGUCCAGUUUGCAAAUCUUCCCUGCCUGAUAUUGUGGCUGAACUACCAGAAAAUGGGCAGGAUGAUUUAUUGUUAAGUGAAGAAUUUCUUAGAAACUGUGUGGACAUGUUCUCGGUUCCAUUCAGGGGGCUUGAGACAAACUCGCGGACAUUUCCCCUGAAGCAUCUUAAUAUAAUUGAUCCACUGAGGGAAAACAACAAUCUUGGGCGCAGUGUCAAUAAAGGAAAUUUCUAUCGAAUACGUAGUGCUUUUAAAUAUGGGUCUCACAAGCUUGGCCAGAUUCUUUCGUUACCAAGGGAAGUGAUACAGGAUGAGCUCAAAAUUUUCUUUGCAAGUACUUUAGAGAGGCAUAGAAGCAAAUAUAUGGCUGAAAUCCAAAAUUCUGCUCUGACUUUUGGCUCUAGAGGGUCAAGCUCUUCAUCUUCAUCAUCAGGCACCGAAAUAUGCUCUGAAGAUGAAAUUUUUCUAACAUCACUCGAUAGUGAUAAGAUAACUAGAAUUGAUGAUGAAACCGCCUCAAUGGGAGUGCUGUCCUCUCCUUCAUUGUCGGAAAUGGACAGUUCUAUAGAUGGGAAUGCUGUUUCAGGAUAUUGUCUCUCAGGGGACUCCAAAGAGAGUGCAAGCUGUGGUUUUCAUGAUCUGAGGAUUACAGAGGACAUGUCUGACAGUCUGCCUCCGACUGGCAACUUGGGUAGGUCCCUUUCAGUGAAAUCUCACCAUGGACAUCGUUUAUAUAUCUCUAGCUUGUUUAUAGAAAAUGGGAGCCUGUGUCCAAAAAUGGCAGAAAGCUCUGUUAUUGAUGAUGCCAGCAUUGUUCUACAGCAGGAAUCCAAAGAGAACCAUUUUGUGGCUAACACUUCAUUCAGUUCGCAUAGUUAUCAUGAAGGGCACAACUCUAUUGGUUCUAUUAUCUCUAGACCAACUGCUAAUAUCUCAGAAAAUACAGCCCUUGCUUUUAGAGGAAGGGACUUCGCUUGCAAUGCUGGAAGCCUGGGAUCAUUGGAAACUUUGUUGGACCUCAGUGGGGAUUAUGACAGUCACAUUAGAAGCCUGCAAUAUGGUCAAUGUUGCUAUGGCCAUGCCUUACCUCCACCUCUACUGCCCAGUCCUCCUUUGUCACCUUCACAGUUGCAGAUAAAUACUCCAUGGGACAAAGUCCGUCAGCACCUGCAGUUUAAGCAGAAUUUGCAUUCUCAGAUGGACUCAAAUGGUGUUAUCUUGGGAAAUCAUUUCCCUGUAAAGCAUCCUGCACGAUCUAUUACUGCUUUUGGCCUUGAAGAUAAGCAAAAACCUCGAGGAACUGGCACAUACUUUCCCAACAUGAGCCAUCUUCCAAACCGGGAUAGACCAGUAGGGCAGAGAAGGAAUCAAGCACUAGAAUCUCACAGUCAAUUACACAGGCGCAAACAUAGGAAUGGCUUGGUUGCAGCUCAGCAAGAGAUGAACUUGAUUGAAGAAACCAGCCAUGAGUUGUCACAGUUACAGUAUCCAGUUCUAGGCCAUGGGAAGUCUAUCCAUGCCAAUGGUUCAUCUCUCCCGCCAAAGAGACUUGAGUUUGGGUCCUUUGGUACUCUGUCAUCUGGACUGCCCACACCAGAUAGAUGCACUAAGCCAGAUUCUUCAGGCACUUUGCCUGCUUGGGGAGCAACUGCAAGUCCUGUAGGUUCAAGAAUGCAGAGUCCAAAACCAGCACUGGGUAAUGAAGAAAAGAGGUUUGAAGGGUUGUCAUACCAUCUGAAAAACGAAGACGAUUUCCCCCCUUUGUCCCUCAAAAUGCAGGUGGAUGGAUAGUCUAAUACAAUAGAAGAGUUAAAAACAUAGCAAAAAUUACCAUAGAUGCUAAUAAAUCAGGCCAAACUUUAGAAAAUACCCUUUUUCUGUCCUGCUUUUUCUCUCUUUCAGGGUUGUUGGCCAGUUGUACAAAGAAGUAUUUUGUACAUUCUUCUGGUACAAAAUUUUCCCUUUAACAUGGCCAUUUGUUGGCUUCUCCUUGAGUUCAAUGGGUGUCAUAUACAAGGUGAUGUUGAUCUCGAUUUUGGUUCCCUUGCUGUAACUGCAAACAAUAUCAAAACAGAUACAGUUUGUCUUUCUUGUUAACAUUCUGCCUCUUCUGCAUCUAUUACAAUUGAUGAUUCAGUU